AUGGAAAUUAUACCUAUAGGUUAUAGGAGCCCUGAAACGAGCGCCACACACGGCUCUGAACUCUGGCUUAACUUUAACCCACAUAACAAAGUUCAAUGUAAACACAAUACGGUGGAAGUUUUCGAAGUUCCAGUUCACGGCCGCGACCGGCGCCGCCCGCCGCCCUCGCCCCACGCGGCCUACCCUGCCCCCGCCCGCCCCGCCGCACCCCUGCCCGCCCUGCGUCACCCUCGCCGCAUUACCACCCACCGUCUCCGAUUGUUACUCCAAGUGCUUUUUCUUCAAGGCAAAUAUUGCUUUCACUUGCCGCUGUCGUUACGUGAUAGUAAUGAAGGAUAUUCCAAGUUACCUCUACCGUCUACUCUACACAAUGAAAAGAUUAUU